AUGUCCAAUCGACGAUUCCAUCCUGCCUUGCCCUGCUCUGUUAUACUCCUCAAUGUACACGGUAUGUGGCAACAGGCUGACUUCGUCCCUGGAGCGUCACAGCUCAUGUCACCAGCGUACUAUAAAACCGUUGCUGUGGGUCAUCCGAGAGGGUAUAAGAACACAGUCAUUGCACGGAGCUCUAUGUCUGAUAGCUCUACUGUUGGAUCCUGUGGUGAUGGUGUUGGCUCGGGUGGUAGUGGUAAGGAAGUGAUGGGCGAGGUCAUAGAUAUGGACAUAGCUAGUACUGGAGGAACGGCUGCCUUGCUCGAUAACAAUGGUUGGAUACACCUAUGGCAGACAGUAUCUGAGAAUGCUAUGCAGUCCCAGGGCAUGCAUGCUAGAGUUAAUCAGUACUCCAAUCCUACAGCUCCUCACAACACAAGGUCUCGUCACUUGGUGACGGGUAUGCUCGAUGGCUCGACUGACAAUCGUGUAUUGGCCGAGGAAGCCCGUAGCGGUCGGCAGCGGCCUCUGUGUGUGAUGGACCCCCGUACCAAUAAUAUCAGCUACAACUACCAAGACGUCAUGCCACUGUGGCCGGUUGGCCUGCAGCCAAUAGCGGAUGAUGAGGAGCAGAGGCAAUAUAAUAAUCUGCCUGGAGCCUACUAUGAUGAUGAACAUGACGGUUGUCGUCGUCUACGGCCUCCACAGACGAUCCUGCCUGCGGUGAAAGACGCUGCUAAAGCUCAAGGUAUAGAUGUCAGUAAGCAUCCUGAUAGCCCUAGAGUGGCCUCGGGGAUACCAGUGGUACAUAUGAAGAGAUCAUCCUCUACUGAGGCAGUGAUUAAAGGGAAUGCAAUACUAUGGUAUACUACGAGUUUAAUGAACGAGAUGUCUGAGGAGCUGAGGACUAUGAGAAGGGAUAGACGCCAUAGGCAUCCUCGUGCGGAGUCGCAAUUGUCGGAUAUCCUCACUGAGAGUGCGGAGGAAGAGAAGGACCCUAUCACUGGUCUGGCAAGAAUUCCACGACGGUUCCAGUUCACUGAGAUCGACUAUGGUCAGAACUAUAAUCGCUUCCCCUUUGCCAAGUAUAACCGCUCGAGGUUUGUCUGUGGUCUCGACAACAGCUAUGGUGGUGGCAGUAACUGGAAUGGUAUAGAGUUCUGCAACAAUGCCAUUACCCAUAUACUCUAUUUCAUCCGUCCAUUGAUGCAAGCAGCCGAGAAGCAUGUCUGCUCUGAGGACGUGUGCGUAUAUUGUGAACUAGGUUAUGUCUUCCGUAUGAUGGAGCAGCUCAUGUUUGCUAGCAACAGGAUCUGUCAAUGUACUCGUCUGCUGAGGACAUUGAAGGCUACAGCCCCAGCCGAGCUUCGAGAACCGAUAGACUCCGAGCAUCCAGCCCUUAGCAUGGGCCGCAAGGGCAUCCUUUUGCUCAAGCACGUGCUACUGUCAUGCAAGCCGAUACGUUAUUAUCCAUCUUCCAAUAUAGUAACAAGGCUCUUCGGUUUAUCCCCACCCCAUGGUGUGCCUGCAAGCCCGUUUGUGACGCUGCAGCUCCCCAGUGAUGAGGAUCUGCAGGAGGCUGUGGACAGAUGCCGUGCAGCGGAUAUCAGCACCACUGAGGAAGAGGAUAGCCAUGCGGAGAAGAGUGAACUGGGGGAAGGACCAGAAGAGGGUGACACUGACGGUGACACGAAUGAAAGCUCAGAAGCAGCUGCUAAUGAAGAUGAGGCUUCUGACGGCGGGUGUCUCCUCAAACCGAACCAUGCUGCCUUCGUUAACAUGCUCAGUCCGUCUCUCGUCGGUGGGCAUGGUAGCCCUCCUGUCCUGUUGAUGGACAUCUGCCCGAUAAGUGAAGUCCAAGCUGCGUUCUGGUCUGUUGGUGGUGCGGAUUUCUUACCAGCAACACUAUGGUUGGGAUACAAUGAUCCACAUGAUCGUACAUUAAUCACAGACGUCUCCACUACUAAGCCUCGAUCUACUGAUGUGAAAGUAAGCAGUACUCUUAUUGCCAGACCCCGAUGUAACUAUUUCAAGUAUGAGCUCCAGUCCGUAGCCUUACAUGUGAGAGAUAAGCUGAAGAGGAAGUGUCCCCAAGGGCAUCUUGUGGGUAUCACUAACAUACCUCCUGAUUACCAUACCGAUACAUUCCGAACUAGUGGCCCUCCGAGGGGUCCGAGCUUGAGCUCCUCACGAGGACCGGAGGUUGGUGCAGUAGUAGCGGCUGGCGUUGGUGCAGUAUCCCCUGCUGUUGUUGGUGUAGUGCCUACCCCUCCUAAAGGCACUCCUACAAGGUUUAUGUCGCCUGGAAUCCGAUCACAUCCAAGUCCUACUUUCCAGACGUCACUCGGUGGUAGCUCCCAGAUCCCUAGGCCCUUCACUUAUGCAGCAGCAGUGGCUGGACGCUCCUACGCCACAGCGACAAGCUUGGCAGAUAGCGGUGCUGCGUCGGGUCACGGGGAGUCAGUGACAUCACAGUCGCCAGCUACUAGUGAAGAGGCGACCUCGGCAACUGAAGAGGAGGAGGAGGAAGAGGAUCCUAACUGGAUGGUGCUCAACGACUUCGUUAUCACACCUAGUGCGAGGCAAGAAGCUGUGGACUUCAGUGCGGACUGGAGAACUCCCGUCCUUGCAGUCUAUGUUCAGAAGCGCUCAUUAGCCCAGAUAGCUGUGCAUGAUAGACAGCUCGGUGCUGCAACACCAUUAGCCUCAUCUACGCUGCAUCCAGAAGGGGUAGGUAUCAGCCUCAGUAGUGACAGGAUUACCCGUAACUUCGUGCCAUUGACGGAGAAGGAGAUUGAUCGGUUACUGCACGGUGGCCUCACGGUUGCUUUGGAUGCAGAGUUCGUUGCUAUGGGUUUGGCUAGCGUCGAGAUACGAGAGGACGGCAGCAAGGAAGUGUCCUCACCUGGCGAAAUGGCUGUUGGUCGAGUGUCGGUGCUGAGGGCUGAUCCCAUGAAUCCUGAUGAUGGGGAUGAAGGGAUUAAGGAAGGAACACCAUUCAUUGACCACUACUUGCAAAUAGAAGAGUCUGAGAUCAAGGACUUCGUCACGCGGUUCUCCGGCCUCGUUCAUGGUGACCUCGAUCCCAAAACGUCGAGACAUUGGUUGGUCAGCAGUAAGGCAGUGUGUGAGAAGCUGCGCUUCCUAGUCGAUUGUGGUUGCCGCUUCGUGGGCCACGGUCUCUCUACUGACUUCAGGAUUAUCAACCUGUUCGUACCCCAGCGUAACAUCCGUGACACAGUUGAGCUCUUCCACUUGCCUGGGCAACGGUAUCUAUCACUCAAGUUCCUAGCGCAGCAUCUUCUAGGAAGCUGCAUCCAAACGGACACACAUUGCAGUGUUGAGGAUGCGAGGGCUGCCCUCCAGCUCUACCGCAAGUAUCAAGAACUCGAGGCUGAGGGUACUUUAAAGGACACGACCAAACAGUUGUAUGAGAUUGGUCGGCAGCAGGGUUGGAAGUGA